AUGGCCACUUUGAAGGAAGCGCGAGCUGCGCUGGCCGAAGGAGAUGCUCAAAGGGCUUUAGAGCUUGUACUGGAUUAUGAGGAGUUGGUCGAGGAGAAUUUCAACAGCCUUUUGUUGAAGGGCACCUGCUAUCAGAGGCUCGGUAAACAGGAGCCAGCAGAGAAGGCACUUGCAAAGGCGUCUAAGUUGCAGCCAGAAUCUCUGUACCCGCUGAAAGGUUUGAUUUUGGUUUAUUCCGAUAUGAAAAAUUAUCGUAAGAUGUUGGCUACUUUUGUCAAAAUCGUGAACGCAUACGAGGUAACUGAGGACAUCACGGCAGCUUCAAAUGAACUGUCCCAAGUUUCACAAAAGAUAAGAUCUUCGAAUGACACUGCUGCAAAGACUGAACUGCUGAAGUUACAACUACCGGGAUCUCCAAUUUACGAGUUUCUCAAGGGACGCAUUCUCCCUCCAGCUCUGGCCCUACAGAAGCUCACCAAAGAAGAAAAGAAAAGCCUUGAUGAAAAACUUUCGAAAAUCAAGGCGCGGGCAAGAACAAGUAUUUCAAUGACGCACGAAAAAGUGCUCGCAGAACAACGUGCGGUCUACGCUGGCAGUGAGCUCGCCAAAUUAUACAGAGAUCUACUUGCAGUUACAGAUGAUGAUAAUGCUCGUCGUGAUUGUGAAAUCGAUCUCAUGAAUUUAUUGCUUGCUCAACUGGAAGUUCAAACCCCGGCUAAAAAGGCUCCAUUGGUUUCUGAAAUCCGUGAUUUGGCGGAUGGUGCUGUUCUGUUCCAGCCAGGCUCUUCGCCUCUAGCUUAUAAUAUCCACUGGGAAUGGGCAGAUAUCGCUACCUAUGACCAGCUGGAUAGAGAGACUAUUGACAAGUUUAUGGAGUAUUUCCCCGACGAGGGUUUGGCUCUGGGCUUCAACGCAUUUCUGCAUUCGUCGCUAUCACCUUUCCCGGUGCCUGAAGGAGAGGAGCAAUGGACGCAUCAAGAGAUCUCUACUCACUUCUCUGAAGCACUCAAGGCUGGUGCAAAAGACAGCGUCUUGGCUUUGCGGAUGUAUGCUGAUUUCAAUGCUUUAAGUGGCGAUUGGGAACAAGCAGCUCAGUUGGCUAACGAAGCUCGCCGUUUACUUCAAUCUAAACAAGAGUCUCAAGGUAUUGACCUGUCAAGCACAAAAACACAUCUUUCGCUCAUCCUUGGUACUGCGUAUGUUUACUAUCAAGCUCCUAAGCAUUUCAGUCUUGCAGAAUCACUAUUUGAUCACGUUCUUAGCAGUCCCCAAACUGACCUUCAUAUCGAGGCUCAGGUAGGAUUAGCUUUGAUCCGAAUGGAGCAAGGUCACGCCGAUGAGGCAAUAAAAACUCUUCAGACAGUCGUUGAAAAGCAUCCAGAUAUGGUUCAAGCCAUUAACCCCUUGGCACGCUGUGAAAUUGAAAAGGGAAAUCAUGAACGAGGCCGAGAACUUCUAGAGUCAGGACUAAGCCAGCUCAAUGGUACCUCUCAAUAUAUUCAGGAGGUUCGUGCCCAAAUGAAAUGGAGGAUGGGUUAUUCUUAUUGGCUCGAGGGCAACGGUCAAGCUGCCUUUGAUAUGUUUGUUGCAACCCUUCAAGAAUCACCCAGCUAUGCGCCGGCUUUCACUUACUUGGGUUUGUUCUACGACAGCCAAGGAGAUUGGGUCAGAGCCCAAAAGUGCUUUUACACGGCCCUCGAAAUCGAUGCAGCCGAGUCUAUCGCCGCCGAGAAGCUGGCUACCAAGUUCGCUGAUGAUGGUGAGUGGGAUCUCGUUGAGAUUGUCGCUGCACGUUUACUGGAAAGUGAUCGUGGCAGUAUUCCUGCAUGGCCUUACCGUGCGAUGGGCAUUGUGUCUCUGGCUCAACGUGACUACAGUGCCGCUGUGAAAUACUUCCAACACUGUUUGCGGUUAGCCCCCACUGAUGCCAAUUCUUGGGUCGGGUUAAGUGAAGCUUAUAUUCAUUCUGGUCGCUAUGGCAGUGCUAAUAAAGCCUUGGGCCGUGCUCUAGAAUUGGACUCGUCAAGCUUUUCUGCCCUCUACAUGUUGAGUUUGGCACAGGGAGAGACCCUCCAGUUCAGUGAGGCAGUAAACAGCUUGAAACGUGCUAUGGAACUUGCUCCCGAUAGUGUUGCACUCAUAGGCGCCCUCGUCAACAACCACAUCAAAGCGAGUACCUACUUCCUCUCAACAUAUCGUCUUGGUGAUGCGGUUGAUCAUGCGCGCCAAGCUUUGGAAACCGCGGCUGAGUACUUGCAGCUCAAUCCCGAGUCCCAUAGUAUGUGGAAUGGUGUUGCCUUAGCUUGUGAUGUUGUUUUACAAGCUCAAGGGCAUGCUGAUCGUAUUGAUCCUGGCGUACUGGACACGAUUGCUCUAGCGCUGGAUGCUACUUGCCCGAGUAGCGUGGAGAAUUUGAUGAUCCUCGCUCUUGAGCAAGCGUUAGAAUUGGCAGGUCCAACCCGGGGUGGUAAAGCCGCUGCUUGCUACAAUCUAGCUUCUGGAUACCAUCGUUUAGGACAGAAGUCAAAUGCGAUUGAACAGCUGAAGCGUGCCUUGACUUUGGAACCUCAUAAUUCCUCAUUCUGGAACCUCUAUGGUGUCGUUGUGGCUACCAGUAACCCUCGAGUUGCCCAGCACUGCUUCAUUCGAAGUCUGAGUCUCAAUGGUCGAUCAUCCACAGCUUGGGCAAACUUGGGCAUGUUAUACCUUGACCAAUCGGAUGUUGAGCUAGCCUCAGAAGCAUUUGAUCGUGCUUUGACAGUUGAUCCUGAUGCUGAAACUGCUUGGCUGGGUCAAGCAAUCCUCGAGUUCUUGCAGGGUGAAAAGUCUUCUUCCCAUAUUAGUGGUUUGUUUGAGCACGCAUAUUUGGUUUCUCCUGGCCCCAGCAAGGUAUCUAAGCUUUUGUUUGGCUUGGCCACUUUCCACGAAAGCAAGGAAACAGGCCAAAAGCCAAGCGGAAAUGGAAUCGGAGCUUUGGAACAAUUGCUAAGGCUGCAACCUGAACUUGAGCAGGCUUUGUUGGUUAUGGGGCUUCUUCUGGAACGCUCUGGUGAUUACCAUGAGGCUAUCUCUCGAAUGUCUGAUAUUCCGCCCUCCCCAAAUACCCAUAGCCAUUUGGCUCGCUUAUACCUUGCCACAAAUGAUUUUGAAACCGCUAAAGCAGAGGCCCAAGCUAGUUUGGAAGGUGAUGCUGAUGAAAACGUUCAUCUUUGUGCCAUGCUUGUGCAGGGAUUGGCACACUACUUUUUGAACGAAUUUGAUGAAGCUCUGGAUCUGUUUACCGCUGCGUUGGAAUUCUCGGACCAAGCUCAAGACGUCGUGGUCCUACUUGUUCAAGUAUUGUGGGCUCAUGGUGGCGAUGAUGAGAGGCAGGUUGCUAUUGACAAUAUCUAUGACAGCAUGGGCACCCAUGGCUCAAACUUGAGAAUGGUGCUACUGCUGGGUGUUAUUGGGCUUUUGGGCAACGAUCAGGAUGUUGUGGAUGCAAUCCGAGAUGAAAUCAAUGGGCAGUCGGUCGCUGAGUUGGCAACCGACAAAGAGUACUCAGUUCCACUGGUCUUGUCACGUCUGGAAAACAGCCAAGAACCGUUCCAUCGGGCCCUCUUCCGUAACCCGGCGGCGUACGCCCUGUGGAAGAGAGUUGACCCGAAGCAAGCUCUUCGGGUGUCGGCAAGUACCUCGAAUAUCAGCUGUCAACAAUUGAGCGACGCCUAUGCCGCAGUUGUCACCCCGGAGAAUGCUCAGCGGGCUGUCUUUUAUUCUCCAGGUUCAAAAACUGCCUGGCGGGCUUUGGCAUCAUCAACUAUAUAA